AUGCGUUGUGCUGACGCAUGCGUGUGUGAGACGUCGAUGGGCGCUGACCGCUGACCGCUGAUGUGAAGCGGGCGCGAUGAGCCCCACCAGCAGGCUCGCCAGCGCCCGCCCGCCGCGUCGGCCCGCCCGCCCAGGCCCUCGCCACUAGAACGACCGAACAACCCUCGCAGCCUCCAAGCGGCGCGACCUACGCCGCCCUGCCAGUGACGUGACCGUGUGCAGUUGAAUCUUUAAAGUUAUGACACCUCAGUGCUUACUUAUGUAACUGGAAAUACCAGUCGGAAUCAAUGGAUUGUACACAGUGCGCUAUAGUUGUGAGGAGACAAGUUCCGAAGCGAUAUACGUAGCGUUCGUAUCGAACAGGUCGGGCGGGCGCCAUGCCGCGCGCGUUGUGCGGGCGCACGCGGCGGGCGCACGCGCAGGCGCAGUAGACGCGCAUGGCGGAGGGCGGCGGCGCCGGCGCCGGCACCGCGCCGGGCGGCAGCGGGGCGCCCGCGGGACAACCGCGCCAGCCGCGCCGAGGGCCCGCGCCCAUCGCCUCCUUCGACCACGACCACGACCACGACCCCUCCGACGAGGUGAGAACGCUCUCGAGUCCUGAGACGAAGCAACCGACCCGGCUGCCGGAGAUCCGCGAGGACCGAAGCCCCGGCGCGAGCGCAGACGGGCUCUGUCCACCCGAACAGCGCGCGCGCUCCGCGUCCACGCCGGGCGCGCUACAAGCGCCACCCGCGCCGCGCAUCGACAUCUCCCGCGCCUCUUCCUCCAGCCACCACGACUCGCGCGACAGCUCGCCCGAGCUGGCACUGUUCGCCGGGUCCGCGAGCGGGUCCGGCGCGGGCGCGGAGCUGGGGUUUCGCGAGGACGGCGCGCUGGACCUGCGCUCCUCCACCGAGGAGCUCGCCUUCCUGGAGCCCGCGCCCGCGCCGCCGCCCUCCGGCCCGCCGCCCGCGCGCCGUCACUCGCGCAAGGACAGCCAGGGCUCCGAGGCCGCGCUGCUGGCCGUCUCGGGCCGCACGAGCCGCCUCUCCAGCGUGGGAUCCCAGUGCUCCGCGCACUCCGCGCUCUCCGCCUUCAGCCGCACGAGCCACGUGUCCCGCCUGUCGGUCGCCUCGGGGGCGUCGCGCUCGCCCUCGCCGCACAGGAUGUUGCUCGAGACCUCCUUCUGCGGCCCGAAGCCCAUCGAGACCGACCCGGAGAUUUGCACGGCGGCCGUCGAGGAGAGGCUGAUGGAGAUGGCGAAGAUGAAUGCGGCGGAUCGGGAGCUGACGCCUUCGAUUUCAACUGUGGCAGUGCCGGUAGUGGUGACGGCCCCGCCGCCCCUGGAUGCGCGCGAUCGACGCGAGGUACGCACCGAAGCGACCGUCGAAAACGCCGCGCCGCGCCCCCCCGCCGCCCGCCCGCCGCCUGCGGACGCGGAGCCGGCGACGGUCGCACCCGCACCUGCGGUGGCACCCGCCCAACUCACCUGUGAUCCUGCUCCGCCGGCGGUCGACCCGGAGAAGAAGCAAAAAGAGAAGAAAAACCGGGCGCGGGCCGAGGAGAGGCAAGCUAGGUCCCGGGAGCGCCGGGAUCCCUCGGAUCGACGAGCGAAGAGUCAGACCAAAGAUAUCAUUCGAAUAAGAUUAAAACCGAGCGAGGAGUACGACGACGACGACGUCGAUGAUGAGGAAGACGACCGCGCGCAAGCGGUCGGGGUCGCAGCCAAACCGAUCACGCUGGCGCUGAACGAGCGGGCACCGCGCUCCGCAGAUUUAGCCUCGGAGGCGGCACCCCAGCGUCGGCCGACCCGGGACAGCAGAACACCAUCACCGACGGGGGCGGUCGUCUCGCGAAAAUCGUCAUUCUGCUCCCUGUUCAAGUCUCGGGAGACGAUCGCGUCCCCCGAGUCGCCGUCGGAUGCGCUCCGCCGGAAGAAGAGCGCGACCGACGGACGAUCGAGGAGCAGAAGCCGCGACCGCUCCACGACGCCGACGUCCGCGACCAAGAUCCGCGGCUCCGUGCUGUCAUUGUUCAGAACGCCGCGCAAGAGCGCCACCUCGCCGUCGCCGAGCUCGCGGGACGGCUCGCCCGUGGUGCAGCAGACGCGGCAGCUCGCGCCGCCCGCGGACCGCCCGCGACGCGGCGAGCGGCUCAAGUACUACGAGGACACCGCCGAGGGCAUCAUCCACAUCCCGCUGCGGACGCCGCCCGAGGAGGCGGGUGCGUCGCGCCUGUCCGACCCCGAGCGCCGCCCCAGCGCGCCCGAGCCGCGCAUCAACGAGCUCGAGCCGCGCCCCGCGUCCGCGCCGCACGCGCGCGCCCUCCACACCCCGCCCGUGUCCAGCGCCGGGCCCGCGCCCACGCCGUGCACCUCCACGCCCGCCGUCAGCACCGUGGCCGGCGAGCGCCCCAAGUCGAUCCGGAGGACCGUCCUCCCCGACGGCAGCAUCAUCAUCCCCCUUCGCUCGCCGACGGAGAGAACGCCGCCCGAGGAGAUCCUCCCGCCGGCCCCGCCCCCGAGAUCCCCCGAGGCGAGUCGGUCGAUCGACUCCGCACCCCGGCCGAGCUCCGGCGCGGCGACGACGAGCGUCGAGCGGUCGACCAGCUCGGAGACGUCGCCGGUGCCGGCGGAGACGGCGCGGCCCGAACCGGCGCUCGCGGAGAACGCCCCGAACGGGGAGCGCCCGCGCCGGCGCGAACGGAUCGUGUUCGCGACGCACGUCGGCAGCAGGGACCAAUUGUUCAGCACGCAGCUCAGCAUCACCAAGACGCCGAGCGUGACGAGCGAGAUCUCCGGCUCGCUUCCCAGCUUUCCGGAGACGGAGGAGGCUCGCGGCGGGACGGCGAGCCCGCCGGAGACGCGGGAGUCGCGGGAGUCGUCCGGCUCGGAGGCCAGCUCGGAGGCGGGCGGUGCGACGGGUAGCGGCGAGGGCUCGGCGGGCGGAGCGGGCUCGGCGCGCGCGUGCAGCGACGCGGAGGCGCGCGGGCUGGUGGUGCAGGAGUCGUUCGAGGAGGAGCUGCCGUACGUGCCGACCACCCUGCCGCAGGAGCGUCCGCGCGCGCUGCCGAUGCUGCCGGUGCGGGAGCGCGCGGCCGCCGCCCUGCGCGUGGCGCCGCUGCAGCGCCCGCGCCCGCCGCACGUGCCGCGCUCCGCGCCGCCGCCCGUGCCUGGGCCUGUGCCCUUGCCGCAAGCGACACAGCUGGCCCAGUCGUGGUCGUCGACCGGCGUGGGCGGUGCUGGCGCGGCGGAAGGCGACAAGUUGCGCAUCAAGUUGCCGCGCCGGCCCCGCACCGGCUCCGCCAGCGCCCCGCCGCGACCCGAGCGGCCAAGGACGCGCAGCGGCAGCGACGGAAUGGAGACGCGGCCGAAGACGGAAUGGAUUGACUUCUCCGAAGUGCCGGAGCGGCGAAAACAGCCCACGCGCAUCCAGACACUGCCGGCGGGGGCGGCUGCGACGGGGUCACGAGACGUGGUGUUCAACUACGUGGCGCCCGAGCACUGCCGCUGCGAGUGUCACGCGCGCGACCCGCACCUACAGGGGAGCGGGGAGUCAUGUGAGGAGCAUGCGGGAGACAGCUAGCUGCAGCCCCGCGCACUCCACUACUACAGACUUAGGACAAUCUUCGGGUGGCGUCGUGGCUGAGUAGCCACCCCGCGAUCCUUUUAUAAACUAUAUUCUCUAUAGCUCGAAUCGAGAUGUUAUCAUUUUUGAGAUGUAAAUUUACCAAGUUCAGUAAGCAUUUGAGUACAUAUAUUUAUAGCGUCGUUUAUAUCUCUCCUAAUUAGCCAUCGUUGACUACGCAUUUUUCGAUGUUUAUUGAAUUGUUCGAAGAUAUAUAGGUAGUUGUAAGUAAAAAUUGUUGCGGUAUUUAUGAGCGCCAAUCGCGUGUGAUAGCCAGCUCACGGCCGCAAAUGGCACCGGCUUGUUCCCACCCACUGGUACUGUGUGGUAGUUAGGUAUCUAUUGGACGGAAUGAGGAUCUCAUGGCGAUCAAUCAAAUUAAAAUAGUAUUGAAAAUUUCAAUUUAGUCAUGUCCUCCCGUCCUGUUUGUAUUUUAAAGGCAGAGUACUGGGUGCCCUGUGAUUUUAAGAAAGCUGUUCCCAACAAGUUCUGCAUUUCCGUGCAUUUUGAACGAAUUGACAAACCUUUGGCCCCUUUUGAGUAUUAUCGUGGUUAUAGAGGAAAAAAAUAUUCAGGUAUCUUGCUUGUAUGUAGGUAAGAACAUACAUAUUUACUAUAGAUAUAUUUUAAUAUGACCAAACUGAAACAAAAGAAAAAAUAAUUCUAAAAUAUUAGUUUAUUUCAAUUGAUUCUUCAUAUGACCACACCGAUCCUACUUAAUCGGAUCAUUGGUAGUUUGACACAGAGUGGGAAUAUUACAUUGUGCUGAAACUUCCGUGAAUAGUUAGUUGCAAAGAAAAAAAAUGUUUAUAUCAAAUCUUAUGAGACAAUGAUGUAAUUCGAUAUUCUUAAAAAUUAAGUACUUACCGAGAUGUGGGUAGAUAGAGCUGUGUGAACUCUGACGUCAUAUUACCUGAGCAAAGAUCGAUCAAUAUUUAAUAUCUCUAGAAUAAUGUAGGAAAGCGGUACAUAACAAAAUGAUGGACAUGUAUAUCUUUUUGUCCCAUCACAAUCAAAAAAGGCACCCGCCAACUCACUAUAGUUUGCCAACAGCUGACCCUCAGAGCUGACCAACCUGCAAUUUGACCACUUGACAAUGCGAUUGAUAAUAUGACGUCACAGUCAUUAAAAGAUAGAAAACUCAAUAUAGAUGACCUGUUUUUUUUUUAAAUAUAACUUUGAUGUUUAUUUGUACUAUCAAAAUUAUCCUUUCACCCUGUUUUCAUGUUUGUUAUGAGCCUCUAUAAUGAGGUAAAUUUGUCCAUCACACAACUCAUUUCUAUUUUAUACAAAAUUGUCUUAGUUACCAGUGCGCCGUUGUGUAAGUACCUGCCGCUCGCUCGAUUCUAUUCUUGUAUUGUGUAAAUUCUGUACGGUGUCGUCGUUUAAAUAUAAGUGUAUAAAAAUGCAAUAAAUUAGUCACUACCUAUGUCGAUAUGAGUUUUGUAAAGUUUAGAUGAACCGAAUGCAUAAUAUAUUCUAUUGUUAUUAGUGCACGACCGCCUGUUGAAGGCGACGAGUCUCGUUCAACAUUUUGACUUUCGUAUCAUGCUGGUACUUCUUACCCCCUCAUCUGUGUAAGCAAAAUUUAUUUCAAAACUCUGUCUAUGUAGCCCUCCAUUUUGUUUUUCACGACCGCAAAUUAAAAAGUUUUCCGAGAGGACGAUUUUCCUUUUAUUAUUCGAGUUGAACUGUAACAUCAGGGCUUCAGUUAUGUCUUUAAUCAACCCUGAAUAGUUUCGCCACAAAGUUAUCUAUAUAUCAGAUGUGUAAAUUAAAAACGAUUACUAAAUAUGAUAAAACGCCAAAUAAGAAAAAUGAAAAUAAUUUUCUGAACUUGUGGCAGAAAUCCGUCAUCUCCACAGACAGGGAAUUUUUGACGUUGGCAGAAAUCUGCCAUUUACACAGACGAAGGGAUAUGGCUUUAAGUAUUUGCUUUUUAUUAAUAUGACAGCAGUAUAUCCAUAUCAUGCUCUAUAUUCCCACACGAACAAAGAAUGUGACUCAUUUCUUUGUCUUAGGUACUCUUAGGUACGAAUAGUAUUCGCAAGUGGGAUUCCUUGCACGCGUAUGUGUUCCCACCUUCUGACAACCUGGGAGCCCACGGUCCACCGCCUAUCGAAAUUUCUAUGGCUAUAGCUUAUGAUUUGAUUAAUUCAUUUUGUUAUUUCUGACCGCCGAAGGUAUUCAAAUAUUUCACGCUCAUUUUCUUUAAUAUUGUUAUGACCAAUGCAAAACAAAAGACGCGAGGCAUUUGAAAACCUUCGGCGGUCAGAAAUAACAAAUGAAUCCAUGAGCUAUACUUACAACAAUCCCGAUAGGCGGUAGCCCCCUGCGGUCUUUUAAAGCAUUUCUGCGGGUCGGCAAGGUGAGGAUGGUUGGUGUGGCAGUUCAUAAAUGCUGCAUCAGCUAUCUUUGCGUUAGGACUUUACCGCUACUAAACAUCAAAGGUGGGAUUUCAUUUCUCAUUUACCUACCUAGCUGUAAAAAAGGGAGAGACUGCUGUCAAAACCACAAAAAGCAAAUAUGACCGUGUGGAGUGCCUAGCAUAACGCAUUUGACUGUUUUCCGGUUCCAAGUUUUUCAAGAUGUUUGUCAAGAUGUUGAGCGAAGUUGUCCGCCGGAGUGUGUGUAGGGUAGUUGUCCCCCGAGCGACGACCGCGCGCAACUUUGAUGCAUUUACUAUUUAUGUACUUAUAUUUCGAUGUUUUCACUUAUAAUCUUUUAACGUUACGCUGCCAUCGUAUACUUGACCGCUUCUCUGCGUCGUUCGCGUUUCAUCGACUCAAUGAUUAGAUUACGUUGAUGCAAUAUUAUGUAUGUAAGAAUGAACGUACUAUGUAAUGUUAAAAUGAAAAUAAUUCUAUCAGUUUAGAAAAAAGUCUGAAUUAUGAAGAAAAUAUAUAAAUUUUUGCUUUCCA